UUUUCCAAAUGGACUUAAUCUCCAGCGAUUCAAAUCCAAUGUGAAUUGCACAGGUACCGCUCUAAGAGCGCCUAAGGAUUUACCUGUGGUGCUUCUGUUAUGUCCUUAAAUAAAAAUUAUGGUAGGUACACUUCGUAGUAAGGAACGUUAAUGCACGUGAUGCAACUUUAUUUCAAAUUGAACCGCGAUUAAAUUUUCUGUAGCAAUCGUCGGUCCAUUAAAGAUGAAGGUCAAACUCCAGACGUGGUCGCACAUUUAAAAACAAAACACCCAACUAGGAACUCGUUAAAAUUAACGCCAAUAUAAAGUACGAUUUAUCUCGACUAACUUGGUCAAGCUCCGGUCCGCUUUUUAACUUCUAGUUCUAGUUCAACAUGAUGUGUAAUUUAUCUUCACCCCGCAACUAAAUGUGAACAUUUAUAGUCUGGGCAACAAAUUGAAGUGGAUACUUCGUGUUCAAGUUGUGAAAUAGUUCGGUAUUCAACUUUGACGCAAACUGGGAAUUCCUGAUAUGGACGCGAAGAAAUUAAUAUCACAAUCGCAGUGCGAAAUAAUAAUGAAUGUUUACCACGAACAAAACUCUUUGAAAAUCAAAUCUUUCUCGGUGACCCCAUUCCAGGCUCAGAUGGAUGGUUUGAUCGGCGAACAAUUCAUACUGAACAUUCAGUACUCCAAAGGCGAAGAAUCACGUGAAUUGAAAUGUUUCUUGAAAACUUUGUCUGAAUCAAUCCCAGUCAUGUUGCAACUCUCGAAGGAAAUACUGGCUUACGAAAAAGAGGCUUUUUAUUACGACAAGUUAGUUCCUAUGUUGAAAAGUGCAGGGAUGACUUGUGACUAUGCACCACGUAGUUUCUUGUGUCAGCCCAGUAUUAUUGUAUUGGAAAAUUUGGCUGACAUGUCCUACAGGGGAUCAGGCAAAAAUUUGUCAAUGGACUUCGCUCAUUGCAAAAUGUGCAUGGAAACGUUAGCAAGAUUCCAUCUGGACCCAAUUCUACUGGAAAUUUUAAGACACAAGCAAACUGGGAAAACGUUCAAGCUGCUUGACGAGUUUCCUCUUCUAGAAAACAAAGUAUUUUGUGGAGAUGAUAAUGGAGCCAAUAGAUUCAUCCAGCAUUCAGUCCAAGGACUAUUGGAAAUUAUCAAAGUAAUUCCCGAAGAAGGAGUCAGUUCCAACGAGUUCAUGGAGAAGUUGCAACAAGUGGUGAAGGAAAUCAUGUCGUAUCCUCAAGCUCCUGAAGGAUUUAGAUCGACAGUUCUUCACGGGGAUUUGUGGUCGAACAAUUUCCUUUUCCUGUACGGAGACGAAAACGAAAUCAAACACUGCAAACUGCUCGACUUCCAAACGUUGAACUACGGACCACCUGCGAUUGACGUGCUGCAAUUCAUUUUCACGAAUACCAGGAAAAGCUUCCGCGACGAACAUCAGAAAGAACUGUUAACAUAUUAUUACAGUUACUUCUGUCGUCUAUCGAAUGAACGAGGUAUUGAGCCGUCUGAAGUGUUGAGUGAGAGUGAAUUCUGGAGAUCCUGCGAUAUGUUCACGCUGGCUGCCAAAAUUCACUCUGUAGUAGACAGGAGCAUAACUUUCAUAUCGGAGGAGCGUUUUCUAGAAGCAGCCCAAACUGAUGAGGGUUUCAGUAGAUUUUUGUACGAGGAUCGUGGGAAGUUUAUACUAAAAGAAUUCCAGAGUAAUGGUAGUUUCAAUGAGAUACUGACAGAAGACAUUUGUGAACUUAGAGAGAUGCUCUUCAAACAUUGAAGUCAGUGUGUGUCAUAGCUAUACAGGACUUUCCAACGAAAACUUGACCUUCCGUUGAAGACAGAAACGGACGUGUAUCGAAAAUUUUAAAGAACACGCCAAUUUUCAUUUCUAGGGGAAAUAAUUCUGAUAUGGAAAUCAUACCGGAAACCUCACCCUCCCCAGUCAGCAACUACACCCCCUAUUUUUUCAAUAGCAUGGUGGUCGAGUUAUACAUCAUUCGAAAGGUAUUUUGUCCCUCUAUUACCUCUGUAUUUUUUUUCAAAACUGGUUCAUUCGUUAUUGAAAAAUGU